UCAAGACAAAGUCUUCUCACUUUCCAUCUGAUUCGUUUCUCUCCACUGUUCUCACUUCUCAUCUGCUCAACAGCUCAAGCAAGGCAGCAAGCUUCCUCCGCCUGGACGGCUGGACUGCUCUCUGCUCAGACUGCUCUCCGCCUCUCUCAAGUUCUCAACUGCUCUUCGCCUCUCUGUUCAGCCGUUCAGGCAAAAUAUCCAGGCUACGCUCCUGUUCAUUCCUAAGAUACUCUGAAUCUCUGAUUCCCACCCACAAUGGUAAUGUGUGGUGAAUGGUUCUCAAGGAUCUACGGCAAAGUCGGGAAAUGGUAUCACGAUUAUAUCUUCUUCUCAAAGGCUGUGCCAUUCAUCUUUGGAUUGAUUGUGAGCCAUAAAGUGAUCAACUCGGCAGUGGUGGAGAUGUUUAUUUAUUACCUCGCUACCACCUGGGAGGGGGACCCUUCCAAGGCUCCUAUGCUGGAGGAGGACUAUUUGCCAACAGCUGCAACAAUCGUAAAUCUUCUGGAAGGCAUAUCAACCAUAUCAGCAGUUAUUGUUGCGUAUAUUGCAGGUUCCUCUUUAACAAGUUUCACAACGAUUGUCAUCUGCGCGUUGACCUACACUAUGGGAGUGAUGCUUUUAUGGUGUUCAGCCAAUUCUCAAAGUAUCCUUAUCCAUUAUGGACCUAUUUAUGUAGCAGCGUUGGCUCUAGCACUAGGUAACUAUGGCCUAGAUUCAAUCCUAAAAGAAUUUCUUUCUGAACAGUUGAUUGAGGGAGAAAAAGGAAAUUCCAACGUAAGUGAAGCCCCAAUAGAGGGUCGUACAAAUGUCUGGUGGUAUAUUGCCUCGAUUUCUGGAUCUGCCAUUGCUGUCUUUUGGCUUUCAAAUAUUGAUACAUGGGAAAGAACCUUGUUCGCUUCCAGUGUAAUGAUGGGAGCAUCUCUUUUAUUGUUCUUAUGCGGCUUCAAAUUUUACUGUACCGAAAGACACAAUAGGAACUCCCAUGUUAUUUUCAAAGUCUUCAAGGCAGCUAUAUCCAAACGUUAUCUCGCCUACCCUGGUACACCAACUCAGUUAUCUUGGAAAACUGUACCAAAUCUAAAGUUGUACGAAGAAAAAAAUAGUCAAAUACUGCCAAAAGUUUUUUGGUUCAGGUGGUUAGACAAAGCUGCAGUGACUGUAGAAAAAACCUCAAGCAGUCCGCAGGAAGAGGAGAAUCUUUGCUCAGUUGAACAAGUGACCCAAGUAAAGUGCUUUUUGACAUUGAUACCUUUGUGGACAACCUUUUUAGCCUAUAGUUUGGUCCAGGCUACCGGAAAUACUUUCUUUAUUGAGCAAAGUAGCAACUUGAAAAGUACUAAAAACGAUGUCAGGGUUCUUCUAGUUGCUUUCUUCGUACUCAAUUCCUUUCUACGCUUCAUAAUCCCGUGUCUGUUUUGGUCAGAGAAAGCAAGAAAUCCCAAUGUCACACUGGUGAGAAUUGGUGUUGGGAUGAUUUGUUCUAUAUUGUGUUGCAUUGCAGCUUGGCAGGUGGAGGUCCACAGAUUGAAAGAAAUUGAGAGACUUUAUCCUAACAAGUCAUCUAAGACUGGCACUAUCUCCAUGAGUAUCCUCUGGUUACUUCCACAAUUUAUUUUGUUGGGACUAACGGAGGGACUUGUCGAAGAAGGGCUCCGGGAAUUUUUCACUAAGCACGUCACUAAAUCGAUGUGGAAUUCUGGGCAAUUGUUGACUGGAUGUAUAUUAAGUUUCGGAAAUUUCUUCAGCAUACCUUGUGUUCAACUAGUAAGAAGCUGGUUCAAGGGCGACAUAAACGACAGUCAUCUGGAUAGGUAUUUUCUGACUUUAGCAAUACUAAGCUCUGUGUUCCUCUGCUUUUAUGUGUACGCUUCAAAAUCUUACUCCAAGUAUGCUGACAUAAGAGAUUUAUCAAAGGAAGCAGAAUUAGCCCCUAAUGUUUCAAUGGAAGGAGGAGAGAUGAAAGAUGAAAUGUCGCUGGCUUCUUCCUCUGCUCAAAACACACCUUUAAAUGAGGACUUGGACGAUUAUUCUGUCCAACCUUCUCCUCUCCUUUCCUCUCAUCCUCAUCCAUCUCACUCUAUUUUAAACAUACCCCAAGGAGAUGGUGUUGAAGACAAUACCAAACACCUGCCAACCGGCAACCACUCUCUCUUAUGGACAAAAGUGUCCAGAGUCAUGGGCUUCACUCGCCACCUCUACUCCCGCUUAGCAAAUGUUGAAAUGGUUGGUUUGCAAUCUUCCCCGGAUGUACACUAUGCUGAAUCUAUGGAGGAACUCCCUUUGCAGUCCCACGCAUCCACUGAAGCUGAGGAGGCAAUCUAUGAUGAUGAGCCUAGGAACUAAGUUCCACGGUUUAAAAAUUAAGCAAGAACAUUUUUAAAAUGUUUGCACAUUGUAAUUGAAUUUAAUAAAUAGGUUGGAAAUCUUAUCUAUUAGUACUCCAUUUUUUUGGUUA